AUGGCUCCUGCGCGUAUGUUCUCUUUCUCUUCCGUCGGGCAACCGCUCUAUUCAGCUUCACCGAUGGCUGGAAACGGCGGCCACCGCAGCCGUGGCUUCUUCCACCCUUCGCCGGUGAUAUAUCCCGGCCGGGAGCCCACGUCUCAUGAGCUGUCCAACGAUUUGGACUUUCAGGAGGGCAUAACAAGUGUGCAAGCAUUGCUGCGUCAACAUCCCAAGAGAAACCGGGGGGUUUUAGCCACUGUUGAUCACCUCAAGCGCCUCUGCAUCGACCAUUAUUUCCAAGACGAGAUCGACAACGUUGUGGACUCAUGCGUGGAUCUCAUCCAUAGCGGCAAUCUCCAAGAUGCAACCCUUUCCAUGAGGUUAAUGAGAGAAGCUGGUUAUUCUGUUUCAGCAGAUGAGGUCCUUCAAAAGUUUGCAAAUGGUAACGACGAUUUCAACCUAGCUCAUAGCAAACACAUCAGAGGGUUGCUGAGCUUGCAAGAUAUGUCGCACCUCAACGUGGGUGAGGCUUCGCUCUUCAAGGCAAGAGAAUUCUCAAGCAAGAAACUUAGAAUUGCAAUUAAGUAUUUGGAGCCAAACCUUGCAAGAUAUGUGAAACAUUCACUGGACCAUCCCUACCAUGUGAGCCUGAUGCAGUACAAGGCCAUGCACCACCUGAGCUAUCUACAAAGCUUGCCCACUAGGAACAUUGCAAUGGAGAAGCUGGCACUUGCAGAGUUCCAGAUUAACAAGCUGCAGCAUCAGUGGGAAAUGCAAGAAGUUAAGAGAUGGUGGAUGGAUUUAGGAUUGGCUCAAGAAGUACCGGCUGCAAGGGACCAGCUUUUGAAAUGGUACAUGUGGGCCAUGACUGUACUCGACAGUUUCUCCUUCUCGAGAUAUCGGAUUGAGCUCACAAAAAUCAUCUCACUCAUCUACAUUGUGGAUGACAUAUUUGAUCUUGUUGCCACACAAGAGGAACUUCUUCUCUUCAAUGAGGCGAUAAAAAAGUGGGAUCUUGGAGCUGCUGAUUCACUGCCAAGCUACAUGAUAUCAUGCUACAAGACUCUUUACACUGUCACAAAUGAUAUCGCUGAUAUGGCCAGAAAAGAGCAUGGAUUAAACCCUAUCAACCAUCUCAAGAAAGCUUGGGCAACGUUGUUUGAUGGAUUCGUGGUUGAGGGGAGAUGGCUAUCUAGUAAUCAGGUUCCCACAUCGGAGGACUACCUAAGAAAUGGCGUUAUCACCUCAGGAGCGCCACUUGUGUUUCUCCAUAUUUUCUUCAUGCUAGGACAUGAUUUAAGAGAAACCGACGUUAACCACAUCACUAGUGUCGUCGCCUGCCCAGCUAAGAUCAUGAGGCUCCGGGACGACAUGGGCAGUGCUAAGGAUGAAGCGCAAGAUGGGCUCGAUGGAUCAUACAAAGAGCUGUACCUAAGGGAGAACCCUCAUGGCAAUGCGGAGGAGCACAUGCUGAAGAUGAUCGAGGAUCAGUGGGUGGAACUCAACAGGGUGUGCUUCUCUGGAACAAAAUCAUCAUUGCCACCUAGCUUCGUCGGUGCAUCGCUCAACUUUGCGAGGAUGGUUGGCGUCAUGUAUGACUACGACGACAAGCAGAGGCUCCCUGUCCUGGAGGAUUACACCAGGAUGCUCCUCCUCUGA